AUGCCAUUCGAUCAAGACGCAUAUGGGGACGGGUUCUUUCCCCCCCAACAAUUCGGUGGCGUUAAUCAGCCCACGUCGAAUCACGUCGAACCUCCGAGGCCAACUUUCGACAAGAGGAGUACUGCUAAGCUCCUCCGCAAACUGGACUGGAACCUCAUUCCCUUCAUUGCUCUCUUGUAUUUCCUCGCUCUUUUGGACAGUACCAAUAUCGUUAACUUCCGCGCGGUCACCGUUUUACAGAGAGACCUCAAGAUGAAGGGUUUGGACUACUCCGUCGCUCUCGCGCUGUUCUUUCCAUUCUACGCCGUAGCUGCAAUUCCAAGCAAUCUCUUUCUUAGGAAGAUCGGCCCAUCCCGCUGGCUCUGCAUUAUCACCAUGGCCACAGGUCUUUGUAUGACCUUGAUGGGUACAGUGAAAACCUUUGGUACCCUCCUCGUCGCUCGCUCCGUUCUUGGCUUUGCCGAAGGCGGUAUUUUCCCUGGUAUCAUCUUCUACGUCACCUUUUGGUAUCGCAGAUAUGAAAGCGGUCUCCGUAUGGCCAUUAUCUUCUCCGCAGCUACGCUUGGUGUUUCGUUCAACGGCCUCCUUGGUCAUCUCAUUUCAUACAUGGGGGGCAUCGGCGGUAGACCUAGCUGGGCAUGGACUUUUAUCUUGGAGGGGCUUGCAACAAUUUUAGUAGCCUUCUUGGCUAAAUUCCUGAUCCACGACGGUCCUGAGACCGCAAGGUUUUUGAAGGCUGUCGAGCACACGCAGAUGAAAGAGCGCCUUGUACAAGACCAUCCCUCUCUGUCUAAUGAGCAUCACAGCAGGUAUAUCACGUCCGCUUUCAAAGACUGGAAGAUCUACGUUCACAUAUUGAUCGCCAUCUGCAUUUAUACUCCUUUGUAUUCGAUCUUUCGGUUCCUCCCCACCAUCGUCAAGAACAUGGACUAUUUCAAUGAUUAUACCCAGCUCAUGACAGUUGCCCCAGCUGUUUUGGGUUGCAUCAUCACAAUCGUUGCUGGUUUCAUUUCGGAUAAAACGAAGAGACGUGGAGCUUACAUGAUGCUCUUCUGCGUCCCCGCUAUCCUUGGAUAUGUCCUAAUGAUCUCCACCCGCGAUUCCCAUGUGCAAUAUGCGGGUGCCUUCUUGGUAAUCUCCGGGGUUUAUCCCAAUGUUCCUAUCGGCGUCGCUUGGAACGCCAACAACAUCGGUGGAUCUACCAAGCGCGCAGUCGGUAUUGCCAUGCAAAUCGGCUUCGGUCACCUCGGUGGCGUUAUCUCUGCGUUUUUACCGAUUCUUGCACAAGGCCACAUUGUUUCGAUUGGCAUGCUAACUUUGAGCUUCUUCCUUUGCCUCUUCAUGCACCGCUACCUCCUGCGUGAAAAUUCCCGUAGGGACGCAGAGAUGAUGGCGCAGGGCCUCACUCUUGAGUCUUAUUCCGAAGAACAGAAAUUCCAAGAACACGAAAAGGGUGAUGAUGCUUCGUUCUUCCGUUACUCUGUUUGA